AUGACUUUAUAUGUUUGCCCGAAAACUGGAGAUGAUUCAAACGACGGUACUGAGCUAAAACCGUUAAGAUCACUUUUUCAAGCUAUGGUGAUUGCGAAAUCAGCGAAAGGGGAUUUUUUAAUCAGAACAGAAAAAGAUGGAAAGAAGAUAUGGGAAUGUGCUUCAAAGACGGCAUUAAAGAAAAACCAGAAGCGUUUUGAACAGGAAAUGCGCAAAAAUGAGAAAGUUUCUGCAAGAGAACAAGAUUUGGAGAAAAGCAUUAUGGCAUCCCUCGAGGAGGCGAAAAAAAUACGCAUAGAGCUAAACCAGAAUUUAGCAUGUCAUUUUGGUUUGAAAAUUCGAAAUCUAAUCAGUUAUCGGAAUCAACGUGUGUGUAUUAAAGCAUGGGUACAUCGAAUACGUAGGCAAGGAAAAUCGUUAAUGUUUUUCAUCUUGCGGGAUGGGACUGGUUUUCUUCAAGCUGUGCUCACAGAUAAAUUGUGCCAAACCUAUGAUGCCCUAACAUUAAAUACGGAGAGCACUGUAGAGAUAUAUGGUGUGGUGAAAGAAGUUCCGAAAGGAAAAGAAGCACCAAGUGGUCAUGAAUUAAUAGCAGAUUUUUGGAGCGUAAUUGGAAAUGCUCCUCCUGGAGGUAUUGACAAUGUUCUGAAUGAGGAAGCAGGUGUAGACAAGAUGCUAGAUAAUAGGCAUUUGGUAAUACGAGGUGAAAAUGCUGCCGCAUUGUUACGUUUGAAGGCAGCUGCUACUCGAGCAAUGCGAGAACACUUUUAUGGUGCUGGUUAUAUUGAAAUUAUGCCUCCAACAUUAGUUCAAACUCAGGUAGAGGGUGGAUCAACGUUGUUUGGACUUGACUAUUUUGGAGAACCGUCUUAUCUUACUCAGUCAUCACAACUGUAUUUGGAAACUGUUAUUCCUUCUCUUGGUGACGUUUACUGCAUUGCACAGUCAUAUAGAGCUGAAAAGUCUCGGACUCGUCGGCAUCUUGCGGAAUAUGCACACGUUGAAGCAGAAUGUCCAUUCAUAACUUUUGAUGAACUGAUGAUGAAAAUUGAAGAACUAGUUUGUGACACAGUUAAUCGCCUAUUGGCUGAUGAAGAAAGUAAAAAAUUGCUAGAACGCAUUAAUCCAAACUUUGUUCCGCCAGAACGACCAUUUCUAAAACUUGAGUAUAAGGACGCCAUCAAAUGGCUACAGGAACAUGGUGUUAAAAACGAAUUUGGCAGAGAUUUCUGUUAUGGCGAGGACAUUGCUGAAGCUGCAGAACGUUUUAUGACGGAUACAAUUAAUAAGCCAAUCUUGCUCAAUCGUUUUCCAAGUGGGAUCAAGGCGUUCUACAUGCAGCGAGAUGCAAAUGACAAUAAUUUAACAGAAUCUGUUGAUCUUCUCAUGCCUGGGGUUGGGGAAAUUGUUGGCGGAAGUAUGAGAAUUUGGAAGGCUGACGAGCUUUCUAAAGCAUUUGAAAAUGCUAAAAUCGAUUCGAAACCAUACUACUGGUAUUUGGAUCAACGCAUUUAUGGCACUUGUCCUCAUGGUGGAUAUGGACUUGGCUUGGAACGAUUCAUUUGUUGGUUGACUAAUACGUAUCAUAUUCGUGAUGUUUGUCUUUAUCCACGUUUUGUUGGUCGAUGUGCUCCAUGA